GUGAUUUACACAGAAUGGGGCUAAUAGAUGUUAAGAAAAGUAUCUUUAAUCUUACUCGCCAAAUUAUCCGACGAGGAGAAACAUUUAGCAUAAUUAUCAACGCGCAUGAUCAGUACGGUCGACAGCGAGUGCGGGGUGGCGAUUUUUUGUUUGCAACUUUAACAAGCACUGAUUCAAGUAUAGUUGGAAAAGUAAUCGACUUUAAUAAUGGCACAUACGAAGUUAUUUUCUUUGCGGCUUGGACGGGCAUCACAAAGAUAAACAUUAUACUAGUACAUACUUUUGAAGCACUUCACUUUUUAAAGACUGUUUUAUGGCCGAUGGAAAAGCGUGUAUUUUGGACAGGCACUUUUGCGCAUAACAACGAUUCUGAAGUUACACUGUGUGAAGUAAAAUCUGUUGGAACGUGGGACAACAAAUGCGAAUUCCCAGAGCCAGGCGCUCUCGGUGGAAACACUUUACUUUGCGAGAAACCGAAAACUCUUCCAUGUUCUUCUCUCGUAACACUCACAUCGAAAGACAGUGGUGUUGAUGUUAAAGCCGCCAUCUUCAAUCAACUUCGAGAGAAACAUGCUGAUAUAUUUUUACAGAAUGUAAGCUAUGUACAAUUCGCCAAUGGACCAAAACAGCUGAUAAUACAAGAAUCCGAAGUGAAGUGGAUACGUGAAGCCAAGAACAUCAGAGAUGUGAUAAGCAUGCGUCCGUGUGGACCAGAUUUACCCCUACCACUAAGUGAUGGAUUUUGGUCUGGCAAAAAGUGGAAUUCAUUUGCAUGCGACACUAAGCGAUGGACUGCAGGUCAAGUUAAAAAAUGUUUACGUGGGAAACAUGUAUUUUUUACCGGAGAUUCAACAACAAGACAAUGGGCUGACGAGCUAUUAAGGAUUCUCGGCCUUAAACCAACAACGUAUUCGCGAUUUCAUACUCAGUUGCAUAAUGGAAUAAUUAAUUUUCAAUUCAGGUUUCACAAAUAUUGGUUAGGUUCAGUCAAAGAAUGUGUUCAUGACGGUCAAUUCGAAUCUGAUUUACUUGAUAACCUUACGUCAUCCGAUUGUGAGUAUAUAGUAGUCAUAAGUCCAUGGGCUCAUUACUGCCAAUGGACUCGUAUUUCAUUUACUGAGAGACUUCUUUAUAUCAAAAGUGCGAUUAAACGUUUUAGAGCCAGAUGUCCGGACGCCCCAGUCAUAAUCAAAACUUCACACCCACAAUUCCACGGUUAUGGUGGGAUUAUUCCAAUGUCCAGUAACGGUAUGCUUUUUGAAUUUCGUCGCAUGUUACAGGAAAUUUUUUCAGGAAUGGGUCUGCAUUUUAUUGAUAUAUGGGCAAUGAAUCUUGCGUAUCCUUUACCAAACGAGGUUCAUAUGCCAGUGCAAGUUAUCCACGAAGAGCUUCAGAUGUUUUUCACGCAUGUUUGUAAUAACUGAAAACCUGAAUUUCAAGAAAUAGGCUUGUAUUCGUUUGUUUUGUAAAUUUUUAAAACAAAUUUUAAUUGAUUUCUAACUAAGAUUAUAACUUAUUAAUAAAAAUACUGUAUUGGGUUCGAA